AUGAAUCUUUUUCCGGGGGACCUCCACAACCUCCAUGUGGAAACGUACGAUGUAGAGACGGACGAUGUAGAGACGGACGAUGUUGAGACGGACGAUGUAGAGACGGACGAUGUUGAGACGGACGAUGUUGAGACGGACGAUGUAGAGACGGACCAGCGGACGGAGUGA